UGUCUGUUUGUCUCGGAAUCUACAGAUUCUAUAGGUUUCUUACGUAACAAGUCACUAUACUGUGGGAAAAUAUCCCGAAAAAUGGAUCUCCUUCACUUGUAAUCAUUGUGAAGAAGAAACGACAGACCAAUAUUGAACAAUGGGAACUCCGGUAAAUAUGAUUGUAGGUUCUCAUGUUUGGGUUGAAGAAGACUCAGACGUGGCUUGGAUUGAUGGUGAGGUUGAACAGCUCACUGGAGAAGAAGUUGUGAUCCAAGCCACAACUGGAAAGAAGAUCACUGCAAAGUUGUCAAAGAUAUACCCAAAGGAUGUGGAAGCUCCUGCAGGUGGUGUUGAUGACUUGACAAAGCUGUCUUACCUGCACGAACCUGGUGUCCUUCAGAACUUAAAGAUCAGAUAUGAACUUAAUGAGAUCUAUACAUACACAGGAAACAUCGUUAUAGCGAUUAAUCCUUGGCCGUGAGAUAGAUGGAUGGAUGGAAGCUAUAUAUAUAUAUAUAUAUAUUUUUUUUGUCUUGUUAAUUAUGCUAUAACGAUUUAUAUUUCUUAGUAAGUACAUUGAAAUCUGGUUACAUAA